AUGGGUCAGAAACGAGGACGGGACUCGAAGGCCCAGGCUGUGGAGUCCAAGAAGCGCAAGAAGGCCGCCAAGUCCGGUCCGGCUUCGGAUGACAGUGGCUGGGAUGGCGUUGUCGACUUGGAGGACUUAAACUGGAAGGAAGUGGCUAUGCCUGAUCGCAUGGAAGAUGCAGGUGGAUUCUUUGGAUUGGAGGAGAUUGAUGGUGUGGACAUCAUUCGCUCCCAAGGUCAUGGAGAAGUUAAAUUCAAGGCGAAGUCGGGAAAGCCGAAGAAUUCUAUCUUGAAGCCACCAUCUGAGGACGAUGACGGUGAAGAAUGGGGUGGGAUCAGCGACGGAGAGACCGACAAGGCAGACAAAGCAGAGAAGACACCUACGCCCGCCACCGGUACUCAAGUGAAGGAGGAUAAGAAAAAGCAAAAGGAGACCAAGAAGAAGGAGAAGAAGGCGAAAGACACCAAGGCAAAGGAGGCCGAGCCCGCACGUGAUCCAAGUCUGAAAUCUAGUCUCUCAUUCGCGACACUUCUUGAGCAGGCUGAAGAUGACGAUGGUGUGGACGUAUCUGACUGGGACAAGCUCGGUCUGUCGCCUGAGCUUUUGACCGGGCUUUCCAAGAUGAAAUUCGCUACACCGACUACUGUGCAAAAAGCCUGUAUUCCUGUUAUCCUGGACGGCCACGAUGUUGUUGGCAAGGCUUCCACCGGUUCCGGUAAAACAUUGGCUUUCGGUAUUCCAAUUCUCGAGUACUAUCUGGAGAAGCGAGAAAAAAAGAUCGAUCCAGUCGAAAAGCCCAAGACAGCUCCCAUGGCGCUUAUCUUGUCCCCAACCAGAGAGUUGGCGGUUCAAUUAGCGAAACAUAUCGGAGACUUGACUGCCAAUUCUCCGGACACAGAUGCGCGCAUUGCGCUUUUGACCGGUGGACUUUCCAUCCAGAAGCAGCAAAGGCAACUUGCUAAUGCCGAUAUCGUCGUUGGCACACCCGGCCGCGUGUGGGAGAUCCUGAGCACCGGAUCGGGACUGAUUCGCAAGAUGCAAAGUAUUCGCUUCCUGGUUAUUGAUGAGGCUGAUCGACUGCUCAGCGAGGGCCACUUCAAGGAGGUGGAAGAGAUUCUUGGUGCUUUGGAUCGAAAGGAGUCAGGCGAUUUCCCGGAUAUGGAUGAGGAGGCACAAAAGGAAGAACAAGAGCCGAACGUCCGACAAACGCUCGUUUUCUCAGCUACUUUCCACCGUGACUUGCAAACGAGACUUGCCGGUAAGGGGCGCUCGUCAGGUGGAGACAUGAUGGAUAAGAAAGAGUCGAUGGAGUAUCUUCUCAAGAAACUCAACUUCAGAGAAGAGAAGCCCAGAUUCAUCGAUGUAAACCCAGAGCAGCAGAUGGCCGAAGGGCUCAAGGAGGGAAUUGUGGAAUGCCCUGCUAUGGAGAAGGAUCUCUACCUCUAUGCGUUGCUUCUAUAUUACCCGAAGCACCGCACACUCGUCUUCACCAACUCCAUUUCCGCUGUCCGGCGUCUAACACAGCUGCUGCAAGCCCUUCAACUCCCAGCCCUUGCUCUUCAUUCCUCCAUGGCACAAAAGGCCCGACUCCGCUCAGUGGAGCGCUUCUCAUCACCGACCUCCGAUCCCAGCUCUAUCCUAGUCGCUACCGAUGUUGCAGCUCGUGGUCUCGAUAUCAAGGGCAUCGACUGCGUCAUCCACUACCACGCACCUCGCGCCGCGGACGCCUACGUUCAUCGAUCUGGCCGUACUGCCCGUGCCGGCGCGGUUGGCAAGAGUGUCCUCAUUUGCGCUCCCGAUGAGGUUGUCAGUGUAGCCCGUCUUGCCGCUAAGAUCCACGCCCAAAGAUUGAAGCGCGGUAUCCCGCAAAAGAAACUCCCUCUUGAGUCUCUCGAGAUCGACCGCCGAGUUGUAUCUCGUAUCCGCACACGCAUCAACCUCGCCAAGAAGAUCACCGACUCUAAUAUCGCCAAGGAGAAGGUUUCCUCAGAGGACAACUGGCUCCGUGCUGCGGCUGAUGAUCUCGGUGUUGAAUAUGAUAGCGAAGAGUUCGAUGAGUCUCAAGGCAAAACCCGUGGCCGUGGUGGUGGUCGCCAGAAGCGUGACAAGCAGAACAGCAGUAUCACCAAGAGUGAGCUCGCUGGUCUGCGCGCUGAGCUAAAAAGCCAGCUUGCUGAGCGGGUGAACAUCGGUGUUAGCGAGCGGUAUCUAACGGCUGGAAGAAUCGAUAUUGAGUCUCUGCUCCGCGGAGAGGGUAAUAAUGCUUUCUUGGGCAACCUGGAUCCCUUGAACUUUUAA